UAAAGUACCGAAUCCAGAAGAUUUCACAAUUUUAUCAACAGUUGUUUUGCUCGAAAUUAAGGAUGGAUUUUAGGGCUCUGGGUGUGAGGUUUGAAUUUUGUCCUUGUAACCCAUCUCUAGUCGAAGCAGAGGCGUCUAAAGCUGCCUCAAACAAAGAGGUCGCAACUGAACAGCUUCCAGAUAGCCAAUCUCCACUGGUUGGCGUAGAGACAGGUAGACCAGAAAAGAUUAUUAUAUGUGACGAGAAGUUGUUAGAUGAGCUGCUUGAAAAGAGUUUUACGUACAGGGCAUCAUUUAAUGAUGAUGUUAAAGCCACUAAUGACAUUAACACCACUUUAGCCGAUGAAAAAGCUAAUGACAUAUAUACCACUGUGAUUGAAGAAAAGGCUGCUGAUGACGCUAAUGCCGCUUUGGACAUUGUAAAGGCUAAUGACUUGAAAGCAUAUGUGGGCGGCGAAAAGGCUGACAGCAUUAAAGCAUCUGUGGUUGGUAAAAAGACUCAUGAUAUUGAAUCAUCUGAGAUUGGAGAAAAGGCUACUUUGGGUGGUGAAAGGGCUGAUGACCCUAAUUCCACUGUGGAAGUUGAAAGAGCUGAUGAUGCUAACGCCAGUGUGCUAGGUGAAAUGGAGCAUGACAUUAACACUACUAUGGCUGGUGAAAAUGCUAAUGCCGCUCAAGCCACUGUGGAAGUAGGAAAGGCAGAUGACGUUAACACCACUAUAGCCGAUGAAAAAGCUAAUGACAUAAAUACCACUGUGGUUGAAGAAAAGGCUGCUGAUGAUGCUAAAGCCGCUUUGGACAUUGUAAAAGCUUAUGACUUUAAAGCAUAUGUGGGCGGUGAAAAGGCUGACAACAUUAAAGCAUCUGUGGUUGGCAAAAAGACUGAUGAUAUUAAAUCAUCUGAGAUGGGUGAAAAGGCCACCUUGGGUGGUGAAAGGGCGGAGGACCCUAAUUCCACUGUGGAAGUUGAAAGGGCUGAUAAUGCUAACGCCAUUGUGCUAGGUGAAAUGGAGCAUGACAUUAACUCUACUAUGGUUGGUGAAAAUGCUGAUGCCACUCACGCCACUGUGGAAGUAGGAAAGGCUGAUGAUGUUAACACCACUUUAACCGAUGAAAAAGCUAAUGACAUAAAUACCACUGUGGUUGAAGAAAAGGCUGCUGUUGACGCUAACGCCGAUUUGGACAUUGUAAAGGCUAAUGACUUGAAAGCAAAUGUGGGCGGUGAAAAGGCUGACAAUGUUAAAGCAUUUGUGGUUGGCAAAAAGACUGAUGAUAUUAAAUCAUCUGAGAUUGGUGAAAAGGCCACUUUGGGUGGUGAAAAGGCUGAUGACCCUAAUUCCACUGUGGAAGUUGAAAGAACUGUUGAUGCUAAUGCCAGUGUGCUAGGUGAAAUGGAGCAUGACAUUAACGCUACUAUGGUUGGUGAAAAUGCUGAUGCCGCUCACGCCACUGUGGAAGUUGGAAAGGCUGAUGAUGUUAACACCACUUUAGCCGAUGAAAAAGCUAAUGACAUAAAUACCACUGUGGUUGAAGAAAAAGCUGCUGAUGACGCUAACGCCACUUUGGACAUUGUAAAGGCGAAUGACUUUAAAGCAUAUGUGGGCGGUGAAAAGGCUGACAACAUUAAAGCAUCUGUGGUUGGCAAAAAUACUGAUGAUAUUAAAUCAUCUGAGAUUGGUGAAAAGGCCACCUUGGGUGGUGAAAGGGCUGAUGACCCUUACUCCACUGUGGAAGUUGAAAGGGCUGAUGAUGCUAACGCCAUUGUGCUAGGUGAAAUGGAGCAUGACAUUAACGCUACUAUGGUUGAUGAAAAUGCUGAUGCCGCUCACGCCACUGUGAAAGUUGAAAGGGCUGAUGAUGCGAACGCCAGUGCACUAGGUGAAAGGGAGCAUGACAUUAACGCUACUUUGGUUGGUGAAAAUGCUGAUGCUGCUCACGCCACUGGGGAAGUUGGAAAGGCUGAUAACGUUAACACCACUUUAGCCGAUGAAAAAGCUAAUGACAUAAAUAGCACUGUGGUUGAAGAAAAGGCUGCUGAUGACGCUUUUUGCAAGAAAGCUGUGUUCACAAUUUUAAUUUUGAUUUUCUACAUGACAUGUGCGGCUGCAGUCCAAGAACAAGAGAUGUGCACUGUUGAAGUUCCCAAUGGCCUUGUAGAAAUUUCUGUCUCUUCCUACGAAGAGAGGGAAAUCUUCAAUUUCGGUUUUGAUGGAGUUGACAUUGGCAACUGCGAUACAUUUUUCGAUGGUCCAGUAAUGCUUAAUGAUACAUUUGAAAAAACAUUUAACAUAUCUUUGACUCGUGAAUGGUGCAUUUUCUCUAUCAUCCAUUUCAAUGUAUCCCAGGCUAUUGUCACCAUCUCUUCCGAAGCUAGGGCUUUGAAAGAAUGGCUGAUUAACGGAAAAAACUACCCAAGUUGCAAGCUGGACCCUUCGAAACUGACUGUUCUCCUCAAAGCAACGGAUUUGAAAUUGCAUGACAGCGGGUUUCCUGAUGGUGCUAUUGCUGCCAUAGUGCUAGCCAUUAUUGCCUUUAUAGGACUUGCUGUUUUUCUUGGUUGGCGGUUCAUCAUAAAGAAAGCUGAUCAUCACAGUAAUGAUGCCAUGCCUGAACCAGAUCAAGAAUCACAUCCAGGAGAUACCAGUCAGCAGCACCCUGUAUCAGGAGAAAACCAGGGAUCUAACGGUGCAGUUCAAUAUAAUCCCAAUGGUGAUGCUCACAGUUCAACAAUGGAAGCGGCAUUUCCUCUUCUCAAUAAUGUCAAUGGAAGUGAACAGAAUGUGAGUACUGGAACAUGAGAAAACGCAUCAUAAGUACUACAGAAAAACCCAGACACUGACGGAACUCAUCAAGGAACUUUGAUGAAACAAUUUUCUGCUUAUAAAAGUACUCAAAAAGGACUAUACGGGGUGAUCCCAGUGUUUACUAUCCCAACUGUGUCAGCCAUCUAUGUGGUCCCCUUAUUACUUGUAAGUCUUACAUAAGUGUAUGAAUCUUAAUUUAUGUAGACAAAUUUCUUUCUUUUAUUAUUUGUUGUUGUUCGAUAAAUUCUUUAAAAAUAAGUUCACAUGAAUAACAUGAUCAAGUUUGCAUAACCACUUAUUUUUUGUGCUGUACAUUUGUAUUAUUAGAACAAAAUAUUUGUACAAGUGUUUGUAUAUUAGUUUUGAAUAUUUACUGUUUUAGAGGGACACGUUCACGGAUUUUAUGUUAUUUACAUGUUUUAUUGAAAGUUGUUCAAAUUCAGUUGUUUUACUUUAUACUUUUAUGAACAAAAACCAACAUAUUUGAACAGAAUAAAGGAAAUCAAAAGUGUCAUUAACGAUUUGCAGCAAAAUAAAGCAUUAUCUGUCACAUUUUGCAAUCAUAAAUACUAGACUAGCUUAUUUGAACUUUUUAAAUGUUUUUAUCAAUUUGUUAACAUUUCACAUGAAGAAAUCAAUGUCUGAACUUAUCAAAUGGAACGCGUCCAUUUACUUUUAUCCAAUUCAAUCUCUUAUGGUGUGUGUGUGUGUGUUUGUAUAAUUUUAUGCUGUCUUUGUUAUCACUUGAUACUGUAUACUCCCUUGAUAAUAAUUAUGUAUGUAUGUCUUGCAUUUGCCAUUGAGUGGUUAUAUUUUGUAAAAGGCCAAUGGCAAAUUAUGUCAAUUGCCAAUACACUUUUAAACUUUGUGAUAAAUGAUAAGUAACAUUGAAUGUUAUUUAUGUGAGCACUGAAAAGUUUCCUUUUACUGCAUUUAACAGCAUAAAAUGCAAACAAGAUGAAAGGUGUGUAUAUGUGUAAAAAUGUUUGGACGUUUUGGAAGGGAUUUUGUCAGUUAAUUUUCAUCUUUGAAUGAUGCUAGGUAGUUUGCAUCAAUUGAUUUGUGUUUUAAAUUGUAUGUACACUUCAUGUUAAUAUUGGUGUUGGUUUGAAUUAUGAUAUGAAUUAGUCUCAAAACCAUCUAAAGUAAAUAAACAUAUAUAUUUUUUCAUGACCACAAUCAAAAGUGAAAAAUACUCAAAAUUCAUAACUUUGAAUGAAAAAAAUGUUUUGUUCCAUUAGUUUUGAUUAAGCAUACAUGGUUUAGAAGAUAUUGCAAGCAUUUGAAAAUAUUAUAUGAUUUUUUCCUUUAAAAAUGAUACAAUGCACAUACUUGUUUUUUAUACCAUUUUAAUCGUAUAUGGCAAGGGUUUCCUUGUAUGUGAAUUAGAAAUGUUACAUUAAAGAAUUUAAAUGAUUUAAUUAAAGAUAUUGCUCAUUAAGUGUUUCAUGAUUAUUUUCUUUAUUGAAAUAUUGCACCCUACAAAAUUUCAUUGAUUAUUGAGGUAAAAGCCAACCAAAAAUAUGUUGUGAUUUCUGUUUUCCAUAUUAGUCAUUGUAGGAAAUCAGUUAUUAAGAACAGAUUUAUUUAUUUUUUAACUGUGUAUAAAGUGUAACUAUGCAAUAACAUUCCAAGAAAUUUGUAUAGUAAAUAAAGUGAUUGUACAAAUGUUUUUUUUAGCAAACUCAUACACUGUGUGUGUGUAUAUAUAUAUAUAUAUAUAAAUAUUGUUUCCACUUGAAAAAGUAUAUGAAACAUAUUAUUGAAAAAUUAUUAAGCAAGUCUGUGGUAAAAUAUGAAAAUUGGCACACUUCAAAAGUAUAUAUUUCACUCAUGCCACAUCACCUGUGAAAUAUAGCUUAGGGGCUGAACGGUUGGUACAAUAUGUGUAUUAUUUUGCUAUCCUACACAAACAAUUAUCCUUCUGUAUGUUAUUUAUAAAAUAUCACUUGAUUUCUAGAUUUACCUGAUGAAUUGAACUGGUUUCCUAUCAUAAUAUAAACGUGGGACUAAUUUUCACUGUUAUAUUAAAUAUAUAUUUAUAUGUAUGAUAGAGUACGCAUGAUUUUUGUAUAGAAAAGGCUGGCAUAAGUUUUCAUUCCAUUUUUUCAGGUUUAUUUAUCACAUGUUCGUUGUUUCUUAUCUUUUGUUUAUGAAGACAUUUUUAGGCAUUUAAGCCUGUUAUUUUUUAAGGCUUAGUUACAUGUAUACAUAAGUUUUUAUACAAUAAGGCAUUCCUUUAUUUUACAGAAUGUAUAGAUAUCCAUAGUGAUGGCAUUAUAGUACAGCUAUUACAUAACAUUUUAUCUUUUAUUUUGGCAUUUAAGUAUUUUUCAUCUAGGCUUAGUUAAAAAAACUUACGAAUAAUUUGGUAUUCCUUAAUAGUACAUAAUAAAACUAUAUAAGUGAUGUAAACCUUUAACUUACACAGCUUAAAUGUUUCCUGUUAUAACUUGUUCCUAACAGUAUGCAGUACAUUUAGGUACAUAUUUGAUGAUUUGUGUCAUGUCUUUUUCUGCAUAAAUGUAAUAAACUGUAAACUUGUG